UCUAUACCGUUCCAUAGAGCCAUAGAGCUAAGGGCUUGUCUGAUGAGUCAGUUGCGGUCACUUGUUGUCGUUCGCGUUGUGUUCUGUCAGUGGUUUUUGAUUAAUGUUAUAUGCCUUUGACGAUUUAGCAAACUUAAUACUUUAAGAAUUGUUAUAAGCUAUAAAAAAUAUUUAAAUCGAUUUAUAAUGCCCGCGUACCACUCAUGUUUUCUGGAAUAUAACCAAAUGGUUGGAAACAUGGCCAUUCUCCCUUUCAGAACACAGUUUAGAGGACCAGCCCCAUCAUUUGCAAAGGAUAUUGAUAUAAUUGAUGAAGCUUUAUAUUACUUUAAAGCUAACGUAUUUUUUAGAACUUACGAAAUAAAGAGUGAAGCAGAUAGAGUGCUGAUCUAUAUUACACUCUACAUCACAGAGUGUCUGAAGAAAUUGCAGAAGUGUAGCACCAAGAAUCAGGGCAUGCACGAGAUGUACACGCUGGCAAUAUCCAAGUUUGACAUUCCUGGUGACCCAGGAUUUCCACUGAAUUCUGUUUAUGCCAAACCUAUCAAUUCCACAGAAGCUGACCUGAUGAGGCAGUACUUGCAACAGAUCCGACAGGAGACAGGCGUGCGGGUAUGCGACAAGGUGUUCGGGUCAGACGAUGGGAAGCCAUCAAAGUGGUGGCUCUGCUUUGCCAAGAAGAAAUUUAUGGACAAAUCACUGUCUGGCCCUGGGCAGUAAUGACAUUGUUAAUACUGUAUAUCUCUAGGCCUAAACUGCAUUUAAAUUCUAUCCAUCGUGUUUUUAUAUUGUUGGCCACAAUAAUGAAUCCAAAAUAAUAAGUAUUGCAUGUCAGCAUCUAGUUGUGAAUGUUACUGUCAUGUUCAUAUACGUCUCAUUGUAAUUAAAGUGUACUACGUUCCAGGCAAGCCCUGUCACCAUGAACCUGUAUCUGUAGAAACCUAAGGAAUGUUAUGUUGUUCUGUAGCAGUCAUAUUUCUUACUAGUUAAGGAUAGGACUGCCAGCUGGAAGAGGUACCUGUUUCAGUGUCAUAAACCAUGAUUACGAGAUUUGUUUACUCUCUCAUGAUAUAUGUACACAGUAUGAUAAUUCUAUCAUGUUAAUAUAUAAUUAUACAAGUUAUAACCUAGCAGUCGAUGAUUUUAAUCACAGUAAACUCUUGCUAAUAUGAUUAUAUUUACUCUGGAAUGAAAUAUGAAAAAUUCUGUUCAGUUGAGUACACACGAGAUUAAGGAGCAAGAGGACUUUCAGGCUGUGUUGAGGGCAGCUGGAGAGACUGAAGCCAUGCAAGAAUAUAUGCAGGCUUGACUUGAGCUGGAUGGGGACCCUGGGUUUUAGCUUUUAACAGAGAAAGAAAUUGCUGCAGUGAUAUUUUUUCUAUUUUAAUCAGCACUACCUACAUUAUUAAGUUUUCCAUUUUUUUGGUCUCCUAGGGCUAUCUUUUGCUUCGUUGAUCUGGAUUAGCAAGGUUUUACUGUAUAUUUUUAUAGAAUUACAAGAUGGACCAAAUUAUAACACAGAUUUACAAAAUUUUCUUCUAGUCUCGGCAAGUUUCAUAUAAAUUUGUGCACAAUUUCAGUCUGAUGGUGUAGAGCAAUCCAAAUAUAGUGGGACUCUCUCUUGUGGAAUAGUUUUGUGACUUCAUAUGAUGACUAUUUAUAAACCUCAUGAACAGGAUGCAGCAUUGUGAGGUCAUGUAAGUAGGUGUGUUCAUCCUGUAAUUAUUUCAGUAGAGGAUUCCUAAAAGAGGCCCUUCACUUGAGACUGACCUCAAUGUAUGUCCUUGGUUUAAGAUUAAUGCUAAAAGAGUUGAAAA